GUCAGUCUUUUAUUCUGAAUGAAUAGCAAGUGUUAUGCCAAACAGCAUUCAAGUGUUUUUGAUUGCGAUUUACGACAACUGCUCUUGUAUCGACAGUUGUCAACUUUAUUUCCAUCUUGAAUUGCUUCAUGUACGGUCAUCCACAACAGUCUCCUCCAAUACUGCAGGCUCCUGUUCCACAGUACUCUACUCAGCGUAUCAUCAACUCUGGAUCUAAUGCUGCUCCCUCCAGUGCGUCAUCCCAGCAUCCCAACCAACAGCAGCAGUAUGGGUCUGGCACGUCUUUCCAGCAACAGCAGUUUCAUCAACCCUAUGCCAUGUCUGGAUCGUCAGGACAAUCCGCUCCUCAUGUCCAACAGCAGUCUGUGUAUCCUGCCAAUAUGGGCGGUUUCCAGCAGCAACAACAACAAUUCCAACCUCAAUUCCAACAGCAAUUCCAGCAACCUCAAUUCCAACAGCAACAGAAUAAUCCAGUCUAUGCAUCACAGUAUCCUUCUGCUUCUACCAACAGCAUGAGUGCAUCCAUGUCUGGUGGUGCAUCGGGUUCCCAGCCACAAGUGGCCGGUCCAACUGCAGCCACCUCACAGUCUUAUCUUGGAUCUAACUUUGUCAACGACUUUCAAGGAUCUGCUGCUGGUCAGAUUGGCAUGCAACUCGGUACUCAAGCAUUUGCUCAAGUUCAACAGAAUAUCAACCGAUACGUUAAUGUCACUCAGCUACGGUACUACUUUAAUGUUAGCAACUCGUAUGUACUAAAUAAAGUGCGGCUGCUCCUGUUUCCUUAUCGGCACAAGUCUUGGUCGCGAUUAGUACGGCGAUCUGAACAUAGUGGUCAGGCUGAGGGCUUUGCUCCACCGCGCGAAGAUCUCAAUGCUCCCGAUCUAUAUCUUCCUGUCAUGUCUUAUGUGACUUAUGUUUUAUUGGUUGGAUUGUCUAUUGGUGUCGCUUCUGAUGGCUCGGUUGUAAGCAAAAAGUUUACACCUGAAGUGCUAGGAUCUUCUGCAACCGGUGCAUUCUUUAUAGUAUUUUGCGAAGUCUUGCUUUUAAAACUAGCAUUCUACUUCUUGAGUGUGGUGAAUGAUGCAAGUUUUUUGGACUUGAUUUCAUACUGUGGGUACAAGUUUAUUUUUGUGUGUAUUCUUGUCGUGUUCAAGUCGAUGCUUGGUAUGUUGGAUUGGCGGUUCUGGAUUCCUGGUGCAUACCUCAUUUUGUCAUUUGGGUUCUUUACACUGCGGACCUUGCGGUACCUGGUCAUACCUGACCAAAGCACAAAUAGUGUGGUGGGUCGCGAUGGUCGCAAACGACGGGUUUUGGGCCUGUUUUUAAUUUGUGCAUUUCAAUGUGUAUCGAUGCUGGCACUGAUCUGAUUGGAUUUUGUGUUGACGCAAAUCUUCAACUUGUGAAUCGAAAAGUGACAAGAGUAGUAUAUGAUGGUACUGACAGACUUGGUCAAAAUCAGGCAAGUUGACCAGAAUAAAAAACUGCACAUGAUAAUGGAUUAAA